UCUUGGCAAGUAGUCCGCCGCCGACUAUUGCUGUCAGCUGGACGAUCCCGUCAGAUGGUGUCGUGAAUCCCGUAAAAUCACAUCGAUCGGAGCACGACGGAGUCAAAGUCAAGAUGAGCGGUGGUAUGCCAGAGCUGGGCUCGAAGAUCAGCUUGAUCUCGAAGGCGGAUAUUCGUUAUGAGGGCCGUUUGUUCACCGUCGAUCCACAGGAAUGUACGAUUGCCCUGGCUAACGUGCGUUCCUUUGGUACUGAAGAUAGAGAAACUCAACUUCCUGUGGCACCACAAAAUCAGGUAUAUGAGUACAUUCUGUUUCGCGGAUCAGACAUCAAAGACAUCAGAGUCGUCAACAAUGUUAGUUCUAUCCCCAAUGAUCCAGCUAUUGUGCAGAUGACGGUGCAGCCAUCUAUGGGUCAGCAGUCGUAUCAACCACAGCCCAGCUAUGCUCAUCCGAUGAUGGGCCAGAUGGGCCCGAUGGGUGGCCAAUAUGGAGCCCCCUAUGGUAUGGGUAUGGGAGCCAUGGGCCCGGUAAUGGGAAUGCCAACUGCAGCUAGAGAUCCUCGCGGAGCAAUGAAUAAACAGCCAAGUGAGUUGAGCUUGGGCUCUGCUGAACCCAAUGCCAUCUCUAUCCCAAACUCACUGCCAACGGCCAAUAUCGACCCAUUACCAAAAGAUCAAUCUCUGGAAGAUGGUGUACUAGACCUCAUCAGUGGUGGUUCUCGUUCUACCACUCCUACAUCAUCCCUAUUGACAAGGAAAAGUCCAACUAUGGAUCAAGGUAUUCAGGUAGGACACGAACAACAGCAGCAGGGCAAUAACAUUGGCAAAUUGAAUGACAAGACAAAUAUCAGGACCGUCCAACCGCCUCGUCGAGAUCAUGAUAGUUUUUUAAUAAUGUUUAGUCACGGAGGUACCAAAAACAACGCGGGUAUGUCUCAUUAUAAUGAUUCGAAGAGGGACAUGAAACAAGAUGGCCAGAAUCAAGGUCAUAUGCAGGGUGGUCGAGGCAACCGUGGUGGUUGGGUAAACCGCGGUAACAUGAGAGGUCGAGGAGGUCGAGGAGGACGAGGACGUGGUGGUUUCCGUACGAAUCAAGCAAACAACAGCUUGCCAGUAACAACAGAUGGUAUGAAGGCUAAGAUGAAAUUUGAUGGUGACUACGAUUUCGAACAAGCUAACACUCAGUUCGAGGAAUUAAGGUCGCAAUUCGCGAAAACGAAGAUCGAUGGUACUGACAAUGAGAAGAAAGACGACAGUGGAAACGAAACAGGUGCUGGUGAAGGUGAACCUGAGGAGGAACCGGAAAUUGUUCACUAUGAUAAGUCGAAAUCAUUCUUUGAUAAUAUUAGCUGUGAAGCUGUUGAAAGGAGUAAAGGGCGAUUCCAACGCACGGAUUGGAGAACAGAACGAAAACUGAAUUCAGAAACAUUUGGUGUAGCUUCUACAAGACGCGGUACAUUCCGCGGCCGUGGUUACUACGGUCGUGGAAUGGGAGGCAUGUUCAGAGGUAGUGGUGGUGGCAAUAACGCUGGAUUCCGCGGUGGUUAUCGAGGUAGCAGAGGCGGUAAUCGUAAACCCGCUAAUCAACUACAGAAUAACACGGGGAGUCAAAAUCGCGCGACCAACGAACAGUCUGCCUCUCAAUCGCAGGCAAAAGUUAUCUAAAUAAAAAAGGAAUCUAAUUUGUCACCGGUAUGGCGUGAAAAAGUAAAAUAUGCCGGGGAGAGUAUAAAGCGAUGUACUGCUAUGUAUAAGUAUACACAACUAUAGAUUAAGAUUUUUACGAUAUGUGCUCUACGUCGUGGACUGAUUUGGGUUAGAAUUUGGCAGUCAACUAACAGAAAGAUACGUACGGCCGGAUUAAAUGUAGAUUAUAUUAUAUAACAAAACACAUUUGCAAUCGCCAAACCGGUGAUUACGUAUUAGGUGACAAGAAUCGCACAUAUGGACGUUGCUGGCGCAUAUGACUCUUUGCAUCGAUAUUUUGCGGCUAGAUGAACGAAGAAGGUACUUUUAGGGACAAAUUUUCUUACCGCUUAAUCGACAAUGAUCACGAUGAAUUGGCCUUACAAGAAUUAGAUUAUUUUUUUUUUUAGAAAAGUGAAGUCAAUUAUGAUCAGAAUGUUCCUUGAUCUUUUUUACAUAUAAUACUUAUUUAUGUGGAUUCAGAUGUCUAAAUAGUUAGGGGAAGAAGUUAUACUUGUAAGGAGGCUAGUUAUAAGUUUUACUUGAAAUAUGUCUGUCAAUAAAAUUCUUAAUGAAAUAAUCUGAAUUUAUAAAUAAUAGUGUAUUUGUUCGUAGUUAGGGAAAAAAUUGUACAAUUCAAUCGUGAUCAUUUUUCAGUCGGUUUUCUCAAAACUUGACUAUAAAUAAUUAUGGAAUGGCUUUAUGAUGAUGGUGACUUGAUAAUACUGGUCGUUAUGGAAUAGCUGGUUUGUAUCCGUAUAUCGGAAGUGAAUGGUAAUAGACGUGCAUAAAAGUACUUUCUCGUCAAAGUAUGUAAAAAUCGAUUGUAUCUAAUUGCAUUUGUCGAGAAUAGAAAUAUUGUGAGCUAUAUAGUACAAGAUAAAUCUGAUAAAAAUAUUUUUUUCUUUUGUUUUGGUUUUUUUGAGUGUACGCGCAGACAAAAUUUUUCGAGUUCUCGGCAUAAAGUUCAUAUAAACGUAUAAUUUUAUUAGGGUGGAUGAAUAUAAUUGGGAAAUAAGUGAAAGCCAGUUUAUAUGAAAAUUUUUGUAUUAUUAAAUUGUAAUCUUAUGGUCCGCCUACUCUUUCUUUGCAAGAUCUGCAUCUAAAAUUAUGAAAGAUGUAAGCGUCAAUCUUAUUGUAAGCAACUAAGUUCUAAAUCAUGUUAUA